AGCCUGGUAUUAUUCUCACAUGGUAUCAGAGCCACUACCAUCUAAAACCCUUUUCUUUUUUCUCGGUCGAUUAUGUCGUCACUAGAGCCGAUCUCCUCAGCCGCGGAAUACUCCACCACUGCCGCCGCGAUGAGCUCUGCGCAGGUCUUCUCCACCGCCGCUGCGAUGCUAUCUCCUUCCUCUGAGGCAGCCCUCUCCGUCGGCUCUCCCUUCUCAGCGCCUGCAAGCGGCAGCUCUCUCUUCUCUGCCUCACCGGUUAUCUCGCAGCAGUGGACUGCUCAGGUGAGUUCGCCUGAAGCCAGCGCUUGGAUCCCUCCCAUAUUUACCUGGACUCCGUCUCCUCCUUCCAUACGUCCGCCAGCGCCAACAUUCUUUCCCAGAGGCGGAAUUUUUCCUUCUCCAGGCGCAUCAACUUCCAGUUUCGCCGGCCCAACUUUUGCCAGAGCUCCUGGUAUUGUUCCGCAGCUUUCUCCAGGUCCGAUUGGCUCACGCCUCUCCUCAGCAAACUCAGGUGCCCUUCUAACCGAUUUGGUUAAGAAUAUUGGACUUUCUGCCCUUAAUAUCACCAAUAUUGUUACUACCAAAUUAUCUACUGUUGAGGAUUAUAUUACUUGGCGUACCCAAUUUGAGUCGUUUCUGGUAUCCAAUGGUUUUUUGGGGAUUUUAGAUGGCUCAAUUCCUGCUCCUUCCCCCUAUAUUGUUGAUGCAUAUCCUCAUGAGACACUGAACCCAGAUUAUUGUAAUUGGCUUAAACUUGAUCAAACUGUCCGUUCUUGGUUGUUUGCUACGUUGUCUCGUGAUGUAUUGAUUGAGGUGCGUGAGUUGAAAAAUUCUUUUGCUAUUUGGAAUCGGUUAGAAGCACAUUUUAUGUCUGCUAGUCUUGCCCGCUCCAUGGAAUUGAAACGGAAAUUGACUCACACUAGAAAGGGCCCAAACCAGUCUAUGGAGCAUUAUCUUCGCGACAUUAAAUUAAUUGCUGAUGACUUAGCCAUGAUUAAUGAUCCUGUUGCUCCUCGUGAACUGUUUAAAAUAAUUUUAAGUGGUUUGGGACGGGACUAUGAGUCUCUUAUUACAUCAGUUAAUCUGUUUCCGGAGAGCUUCACUUUUGAAAGACUACGUGACUGUUUGAUUGAAAAGGAGCAAACUCUUCAGUACAUGCAAUCUUUGGAAGAACCACCUCAAGCUCAAGCCUUUGCUGGCCAAGCUCAGGCUGCGGGGCAGCCACCUCCGCAAGGUGGGCAGCAACACCGUGGGAGAGGAUAUCGCGGCCGGGGAGGCCGCGGGCAGCGAGGCAGAGGAGGUCGUGGCAGGGGUGGCCGCGGUUAUGGUCCUCCCCAGCCUGGCUAUGCAUACGGACCACAGCUGGGUCAUGGUCAGAAACCUCCGGGUUUUGUUCCAGGGGGUGCUCCACACGCAGGCAUUCUUGGGUCUCCGGGCUCGGCAGGCUCUACAUCUGGUGAGGGGAAUUCUGUUCCUUCUCCUGUAGUUUGUCAGAUUUGUUAUGCUCCAGGUCAUCCUGCCUCUACCUGUCCUUCCCGUUUUGUUCAGCCGGCUGCUCCUGCUCUUGCUGCUCAAGUUCCUGAAGCAUCUGACUUUGUCUGGUAUCCGGACUCCGGUGCCUCUGCGCAUAUGACUCCCCAUCCAGGACAAAUCAACGGGGGCGGUUCUUCUACGAGCGGUCAGUGAUAAUGGAGUUUACCCUGUUCGUCAGCCUCCAUCUUCGUCAGUUGCCCUUUCAGUUGCUUCCGUUUCUCUUUGGCAUAAUAGACUAGGUCAUUGUGGUACUCGUGUUUUAGAUCAACUUAGGAAAAAUAAUUUCAUUUCUGGCACUUCUGCUUCAGUUUCUGAUUGUAUUCCCUGUCGUUUGGGAAAAUCACAACGAUUACCUUUUAAUAAAGUUUUUCACAAUAGUCCGUGUGCUUUAUAUUUAAUUCAUUCUGAUGUUUGGCAAUCCCCUGUGCUUUCUAAUCUUGGAUUUAAAUAUUAUGUAUGCUUUGUGGAUGACUUCUCUCGUUUUACAUGGCUGUAUCCCAUGCGGCGCAAGUCUGAGGUUACUACUCAUUUUCACCAUUUUAAGUUAAUGGCUGAAAAUUUACUUGACCGCAAAAUUAAGAUUUUUCAGAGUGAUGGAGGGGGUGAAUUUGAUAAUUUUCAGAUGAGACAAUUUUUUAAUGAAUCUGGUAUUAUUUUUCAAAAAUCUUGUCCUGAAACUCCGCAGCAAAAUGGCGUUGCUGAGCGCAAACACCGCCAUCUAAUUGAAUUAGCGCGUACCAUGCUCAUCACCGCCAAUUUGCCCGCUCAGUUUUGGGUUGAUGCUGUUCUUACUGCCACUUUUAUCAUAAAUCGGUUACCCUCUCCUACUCUACAUGGUGUGUCUCCGUAUGAAAAAUUAUUUCAUUCUGCACCAGAUUUAUCUGGUAUGCGCGUUUUUGGUUGUGCUUGCUUUCCCAAUUUUAAUGCCACAUCAGCAAAUAAAAUUUCACCACGGUCAGUUCAGUGUGUUUUUCUUGGAUAUGCGUCAGAAUAUAAAGGGUAUCGUUGUCUUGAUCCUAUUUCUGGUAGGGUUUACAUUAGUAGAAAUGUCAGAUUUCUAGAAAAUGUUUUUCCAUAUUCUAAGUUAACGGGUACUACCUUGUCUUCAUCUAGUAUGCUGUCUUCCACCGUUACCUUAGUUCCCACACGAACCACUGCUUAUUCCCAUUCACAGGAUGCUGCCCCUCCUACUUCUCUUAGUCCUACUGUGAUCUUUUCUCCAAACCAGCUGCAAUUACCCUCUACCCAAGAAACCCAGCCAGGUUACCCUACACCACCCAUUUUCACGCCUGAUAGCAGUCUUCCAACUACAUCAAAUAGCCAGUCCACUCCUUCAUUUUCUCCCAGCCACACUCCACUGGCCGAACCUUCUCCUACUGGCCGAACCUUCUCCCCAGACUCUAACAGCCAUACCUCCAACAACCACACCACUCUGGUCGACCCUUCUCCCCAGACCAGCUGCUCUCCUUUAUCUAAUAUCCCAGCAGCAUCCCACCCCCUGGCCGACAGUAGCUCACAGCCCGCGUCUCCUGACUCCACCGCCCCGGUCGGUAAUGUUCAUCCAAUGCAAACCCGGUCUAAAUCCGGUAUUUUUAAACCAAAAACUAUUUUUACUUUAAACACAGUUGUUAGCACACCCGAUCCCACUUGUUUUUCUGUAGCAAAUAGGCAUCUUAAGUGGAGAGCUGCUAUGGCAGAGGAAUUUAAUGCUCUUAUCUCCAAUCAUACAUGGGAUUUAGUACCAUUUGAUGCUAAAAAGAAUGUGGUUGGGUCAAAAUGGAUUUAUAAGACCAAGUAUUUGGCUGAUGGGUCUGUAGAACGCUACAAAGCAAGGUUGGUUGCUCAGGGGUUUAAUCAGCAGGCAGGUAUUGAUUUUACUGAAACAUUUAGUCCUGUUGUUAAACCUACUACUGUCCGUCUGGUCUUGACCUUAGCCGUGUCCUUUAAUUGGCCCAUUCGCCAACUUGAUGUUAAAAAUGCGUUUCUGCAUGGUAAUUUGACUGAGGAAGUAUAUAUGCGUCAGCCCCCAGGUUUUGUUCAUCCUCAAUUUCCUCAUCACUUGUGUCGGCUUCGUAAAGCCAUCUAUGGUCUUAAACAAGCCCCUCGUGCCUGGUUUCACCGUUUUAGUAGCUUUCUUCUUUCUCAUGGUUUUACUUGCAGUCGGUCUGAUACUUCUUUAUUUAUUUUUCGGCGUAAUUCUGAUAUUAUUUACCUGCUCCUCUAUGUUGAUGAUAUUAUUGUUACAGGUAAUUCUCUUAACCUUGUUAAUCAUUUUUUGUCUCUUCUGAAUAAAUGCUUCGCCAUGAAGGACUUAGGUGAUUUACAUUUUUUCCUUGGUAUUCAUGCUUCUCGUACACCUUCUGGUUUGUUUCUAUCUCAGCAAAAAUAUAUCUCUGAUCUGCUUCAUCGGUUUCAUCUUCAUACUUUAAAGUCUGUGCGCUCCCCUCUUCCUAGUCGUACUAAACUUUCCCUUACUGAUGGCGAGCUCCUAGCUGAUGCCACAGAGUACAGAAGUAUGGUAGGUGCAUUACAGUAUUUGACUUUGACUCGACCAGAUAUUACUUUUGCUGUACACCUGGUUUCUCAGUUUAUGCAUGUUCCACGCACUUCACAUAUGUUGGCUGUUAAGCGUAUUUUCAGGUAUCUCCAGGGCACAUCCUCUCAUGGUCUUCUCUUACAGUCUUCGCGUGGCUCUGCUGAGAUCAUUGCAUAUUCUGAUGCUGAUUGGGCUGGAUGUCCUGACACAAGCAGAUCUACUUCUGGUUAUGCCAUCUUUCUGGGGCCCAAUCUUAUCUCCUGGCGGUCCAAGAAGCAACCUACUGUUGCUCGUUCGUCCACUGAAGCUGAAUACCGUGCCAUAGCUUACGCUGUUCAGGACACUCUUCACAUACGAUCAGUGUUGUUUGAAUUGGGAUUUCCUGUUCGUCUUCCGACUACUUUGUACUGUGAUAAUGUAUCCGCUUCAUAUUUGAUGCUAUAAAUCUUAUAAUUACUAUGUACUGUGUACAUGUCAUAUCAUGAUGCAUAUGUAUUACUAGUAACUAUUAGAGUACCGAGUUUAAAAGUUCAAUUGGUUUGAUUUAAAAAUAAU